AUGGAGGUCUUUAAACAGGUGAAAAUUAACCUCCCCCUGUUGGAGUCGAUUAAGAAAGUACCCUCCUAUGCUAAAUUUUUGAAGGACCUUUGUACACAAAAACGUAAAUCUAAGACCCACGUGUCCCAAAAGGUCGUACUCACGGAGCAUGUAAGCUCCAUCUUAUUGAGUGACACACCCCCUAAGCUUAAAGACUCUGGUGCCCCAACCAUUGUAUGCAUUAUAGGGGACCAUUUCAUUGAUAGAGCCUUGUUAGAUUUAGGGGCUAGUGUCAAUUUGUUGCCGUACUCUGUGUACGAGAAAUUUGGGCUUGGCGAGUUGAAGCCCACUAUUGUUACUUUCCAGUUGGCUAACCGGUCCCUCAAAGUGCCACAUGGCAUGAUUAAGGAUGUGCUAGUACAGGUCGAUAGGUUUUAUUUUCUUGUUGACUUUUUGGUUUUAGAUAUGGAACCGGUAGCCAGCUCUAGGAAACAAAUCCCGGUGAUCUUAAGUCGACCUUUCUUGGCUAUGGCCAACAUAUGCAUAAAUUGUCAUACCAGGGUUACGGAUGUUUCAUUUGCAAAUAUGCAAGUGAAACUCAAUGUUUUCCAAGCAUCCCAAUAA